CAAAAAUAAGAGUGGGUGGUUACGACCUUACAAAAAAACACCUUCUGCGUUUGCAAGUUCCACCAGCCACCACUACCUCCUUGAAAGGGCGAAUACAAUGUCAACGCAGCAGCCUGACAGCUACCUCAAGAGUUUAUCCAAAAAACAAUACUCCUGGAUGCAGCAAGCAUCUUCCCCUCAAAGCGAUACGGCUGGCUCUCCCGAACCAGAGAGGCCAACCAACGCCAGCUCAGUUGAUAAUGCAGCAAACACAGAUUCUAUUAAAACGACAGAAUUAGAGGCACCUUUAGAUACACCAUCACAACCGAAUGAUCCUAUGGAUAUCUCAACAGAUGUGGAACCGGAUCAGGCGGCUGAACAUCAUAAUGUGGUGGAUCAGACAGACCAUAAAGCUCCUUCCCGACAACGCGUUAUGAAGACGAAACCAACUAAUCGACCGAGAUUCAAGUACACCAACUUUCCUGUAAAAGGAUUUAACAUACUUCCAACACGUAAUAUUACUAGCCAAUAUGCAAAGAACGAUAGCUUGAACCUUCAAGGAAUCCUUGCUGGGGAGAAGAGCAUCCUACCAGAUCCUGAGACUGAGGGUUCCGAUGUCAUUAUAAUACAUCCAGGGUCAAGAAGCUUGAGAAUUGGUAGAGCAUCGGAGGCAUUCCCCACAACCGUACCUCAUGUCAUAGCACGACGAAUGAAAACGAAAGAAAAAAAAAGGAGUCAACCUCGUCAAAUGCUUCCCAUGGACUUUGAUCUAACAGAGGAAGACUUGGAUAACGACACUGACAUGAAGGACGCCACAGCUGAGGAUACAGAAGCGGCUACAAAUAAGACACGCAUGACACCUUUGCAGAUGGCUGCUUUGGAAGCUAUAGAAGGCACCCUCAAAUAUCGAAUGAAGCAGGCUAAAAGACGAUCCGUACCCAAUGCAAAUGCACAGGUUAUAUCUUAUAACUCUCAAGCUGUACAAGAGAUUAUUCCUGAUCACAACGACCCAUAUAAGGUGGAAUGGACUGAUCCUAGUGCGAGUGCAAAGCGACCAGCACAUUUCGUAGGAGAGAAGGCUCUCAAUUUGCCGCUGGAUGCCAACCCUGACUAUAGACUUUUCUAUCCUAUGCAAUACGGACAACUUAAUAGCAUUGAUUAUUCAUCCCUUCAAGAAGUAGUUGGUGAUUUGCAAGUUAUCUGGACUGAAAGUAUCCAAUCAGAACUAGAAAUAGAGGACGCUGACUUCAGAAACUUCAAUGCCAUUUUGGUUAUACCAGAUGUUUACAAUAGGAACCAUAUAUCCGAGAUUGUGACAAUGAUGCUACGCUAUAUGAACUUCCGUGGAGUUUGUGUGCAGCAAGAAUCAACCUGUGCGACGUUUGGUGCAGGUACUUCCAUGGCAUGUGUUGUAGAUAUUGGCGCUCAGAAGACAAGUGUAUCUUGUGUUGAAGACGGGCUGUGCAUUCCUGAUUCUAGAAUUACUCUUCCCAUGGGUGGUGAUGAUAUUACAACGGUAUUCGCUUCUUUCUUGAAACGAAACAAGUUUCCCUACUCCAACGUGGAUAUUUCUCUUGCAUACAACUGGAGAUUAUUCGAGGGCUUAAAAGAGAAAUGGUGCACGCUGAACGAAGCAGAAAUUAGUGUCCAAGUGUACGACUUUUUUGUUCGAGUUCCAGAGAGGACUACUCGCAAAUUCCAGUGCAAGGUAUAUGAAGAAGUAUUCUUAGCGCCGCUGUGCCUGAUCUUCCCCGGUAUACUGGAUCCUGAGAGAAAAGCGAUUACUGCGCAAAAAUGGAGCUCAGAGAACGUUAUAGAUGAUAUAGCAGAUGAAACAGGGGUUGCGGCGGUGCAAACACAACCGGCGACUGCAUUAACAUUACCUGUGAAAUCCAAGCCGUCUACUCCUCUACCUUCAGGCUUAUCACCAGGCGUGAAGCCUGCCACUGCACCUUCAACACCUGCUGCAUCAGAUCACGUCGAUUCUCCUGCCCCAGCAGAAACAGAAGACAUAACCGCAUCCCAGAGUAAUGCCGCUACUUCAGAAUCAUCUAUGAGCCCUGAAAAAGUCGAAGAUGCCUAUAUACCUACACCUAUUGACACUGCCAUCGCUCAAUCUAUUUUGAUCUCUUCUUCGAACUCGGAAGAACGCUUGAAGAAGUUUUUCACUAGCAUCAUUCUUGUUGGAGGUGGAGGAAAGAUAGGCAAUAUGGAUCGCCUUUUGGAAGACUGCAUUCUGAGUACAUCGCUUGCUAGAAAGCAUGGCGUCGAUAAGGUGGAAAUUUUGCCAGCCCCAAGAGAGUUAGAUCCACGACUGCUCGUAUGGAAAGGAGCCUACGUGCUGAGCAAGUUGGAGUCCACUAAUGAGAUGUGGAUUGGACAAAAUGAGUGGAACGAAGUUGGCGUUCGAUGUCUUCGAGACCGAAUGCUGUUCGUUUGGUAAUACAACAUCGACAUAAUUACUUUUUGUUAGAUAUUUCUGAAAUAAAAUUAGCGAAAAUAUCUGCAUC